GCAAAAUACCCGCUAGCUAUAAUUGAGAGGCUCCUUGCCGUAUAUGGUAAAAAUGGUGGUUGUGCAUUUUCGAAGACACUGACCAACAGUUCCUUGGGUACGCGAGCGCGCGAGUUAGACUUUCAUCUCAUGGUGGGCGCGUUCCAUGGACACGCCCAUAAUCGUAAGUGCCAGCUCGACUGGCAUCCCAUAUACAUUCCGGGCACUGGACACACCGAGGGCGAAGGAGAUAUCACUCUCUACAACGUGUUCUCAUCCUCAAACGAGCUUGCUCAUAGUACGAGACACGCAAGUCCAUUCCACCGGCGUCAGACUAUCGAAGAACAUUUUUCGUUUUGGGAUACUGACAAGUACGCCACCCUCAGCAAUUACAUUUGGAAUCACUAUCGCGAGGCGCUUAAUUCUAUUCAGACACUCACUGCCAUCAAAGCCGAGCUAUGUCUUACUGACGAAGAUUUUUCUUAA